AUGAGCUUCAGCCGCACUGCCAUAACUCUUACUCCGGGAAAGCCCGACGCUCUCGAAAGAGUGGUUGAAAUAUUGCGAGCCCACAAGAGUGAUGACUAUUAUGCAUAUGAGCGAGAGGGCAAAUGGCACCUGGGCAUCGGCAGUCACUCGUCACUCGUAGUUGACGCUAAGGGGGAGACGGCGACAGUCUCCGCCGGUCCUCACAGAGAAUCGCACCCAAUCACCAGCCCGUUGGCGGAUGUCGCAAGAGACCUUGUGUCGAAGCACGCCAAUGACGCCCGCAAGGUAUUCGGAUAUGUCGGGUUCAACUACGCGGCACAUGCGCGCGGCAUUCCAUUUACGGCCGGUCGAUGGCCGCUUGUGAGCUUGAUGGUUCCACGCAUCGAGAUAUCUAUCAACACGCAAGACUCUGCGGGCGAGUACCUGGCUCGCGUCCAAACCGCGCUGGCGGAGAUCGUUGAAGGGAAGUAUACGAAGGUCAUCCCUUCACGAGCCGUGGAAAUCGCCGGGCGAGUGGACAUGCCGGCUACCCUGUUGUGUGGUCGACGCUGCAAUGCACCCGCACGGAGCUUUUCCCUGAGCCACGGGGGCUACCAAGCAACCGGUUUCAGUCCCGAGCUCGUGAUGUCAGUGAAAAAGGGAAAAGUGACCACUGAGCCGCUGGCUGGAACGCGAUCGCGCAAGGGCAAAGACACUGAGGUUGAGCGCUUGAGGCAGGAAUUGCUUAACGAUUCCAAGGAGAUUGUGGAGCAUGUAAUCUCCGUCCGAGAAGCGAUCGACGAGCUGAAGCGACUCUGUCCAGAGGAUACAGUCAGUGUUGAGGACCUGAUGUCAGUCCGGCCUCGAGGCAGUGUCCAGCAUCUCGGGUCUACUGUGACUGGCUUCUUGAAGCCGGAAAAAGACCCCUGGGACGCCCUCGACGUCCUCUUUCCUUCUAUCACUGCAUCUGGAAUACCGAAACAGGCGGCGUUGGAGGGCAUUCAGCGCCUCGAACAUCGUCCUAGGGAGUUGUACUCGGGUGCCGUUCUGAUGAUCGAAGGCAACAAGACCCUGGAGGCAGCUCUUGUUCUCCGAACUGUCUUCCAGGAUCAGAGUUGUCAGUGGGUGCAGGCUGGUGCUGGUGUCAUCGCGCAAUCGACCCCUGCGCGUGAACUCACUGAGACUCAAGAAAAGCUGGCGAGCAUAGCUCCGUUUGUGUAA